AUGGCGUCUAGUGUCCAAGGUCUGCAGCCGGCGGCGUCGAACAAUGCCAACAUCAUCACACGACACACACGCAAAGCACAGAGUCCAGAGGCAUCGACACCCUGCAAAGCCAAAGUCCACGACGGAGGUAAAGUCCCAGCAACUCGGCCAACCGAGGCUACCGCCGUGUCUUCAUUGCCGAAGGUCUCGCCACUCCACGAGUACCUCCAUUACCUUCUCGAGCACAUGAAAUGGGACAGCGACGCGACCAAGUCCAAGUUGAAACAACUCAUGCACUUCGACACCCUCGAACGCGACUCGCUCCACAUGACGUUAGGCCACUGCCUGAAUGAAAUCGACCGUCUCCACUGCGUGCUGAAGAAAGUUGACACAACGGUCGAUUCAAAUCAAGCCGACGAAGGUGCAGAUGCGCGCCCAGAAGACGAAACCAAUAACGAACCAGAGGAGGACAAACCCAAGGUGCCUCUGCGAGGAGCCAAGUACCAUGUUCCAGACGCAAUAGACACCAAGCAACCGCCUCCUAUCAGCGCCACAAUGAGUCCUGCAUCCAUCGACCAAACUCCGCGACCUCAUGUAGCCACUCCUAUCUCGUCAGCGUCCCCUGGCCAUCGCCGUCGAAGUAGCAUUCGCCGCAAGUCCCUCACAUCCUGCAAAAAUAGUCCAGGCAAAGUGAGCAUGAGUCCCGGCAAGUUGGGCAACGUGGCCAACCAACUCGUACUGGUUAAAGCUAAAAAGCCAAAACAAUUACCCGCUGGCAAGUUACCCUCGGCCACUGCUGCUAACCACCAACGCUGGGCCAUCAAGAUCGCUCGAAAAUUCAAACCACUUAACUUGAGUCUGUUUACGUUCCACCCCGCGGCCGCAGCGAUUCCGCCACCCGUCCUUGAACUCGGCCCUCAACAAAACGCCAUGAUGCUGCGGCAACUGCGCUACGUCAAAGGUGUCAUGCACGAGCUUCCGUGGGCAAAGAGUCGCCUUCGCGACAUGCUGUCGCAGUACACGCAAAAGGAUUUGUCCAAGGAGCUGCUGUUUCCGCAGCUGAGCCACCUGAGCACGCAGGUACAGGAUGAGCUCACGUCCAAGUCGCAAGCGCAAAAGAGCUUGCUCGAAACCAAAUCUAAGCUCACUGUGACGCUGCAACUCGCCAAGUGCGUCAUCAACGAUCUGCACAUCCUCAAGUUUGGCCGGCGAGGUAAACCGCACGAGACCAAGCUGUUCUACGACGAGUGCCACCCGUGCAUGCUGUACUGGCAAUCCAAACAAGGCGAACGAAGCAAUGCAUAUCUUCCCCUUCAUGGAGUCAAAGCCAUCCACAUCGGGAUGGAAACGGCCGUGCUGAAGAAAGCCGCCAAGAAAACGCCAUCUUUGGACGCUGAUUGCUUCCUCAGCUUGGUCACGGACGACCGCACGCUCGACCUCAAGCUCAAGAACGUCCUGCAGCGCGACUGGUUGCUCAAAUCGUUGCGAGAAGUCGUCGACUAUGCCAUUCAGUAUCGGGCCAACUACUCGGCCAAGAAAACGCUCAACUUGACACCACGGCUGCGUCGCAUGUAGUGGGCUUCAUGUGACUUGUCAAUGACCAGCAAACAUCGCGUGCUGGACGCUCCUGGUCGAGCAUCGUUGCAAUUCGGCGAGGAAAUCGAGAGGGCAAGG